CAGCAUUUGCAUUUCUAACUUUCAUCCGUCUUCAUCUGCAUUGCCACAGCAGACAACACGUAGCCAUUGCAGCCAAGAUACACAGCUCCGAGCUCCCCCUCACAAUGGUACAACGAUGCACACAGCUGGCAGAUUGUAUCGGUAGCUGAGACUAUCGCUACAACAUGGUGUACCGCGUGGCUUUGCGUCCACCACUCAAAUCGUACAUACGAUUCACACAAAGCAAACACAAAACCGACACAUUCAGCUUCAACCAGCACUAAAAAUGGUGUUAGGCCUUGGAUCAUCUACACUCCACUUGGCUGCGGCGCUGCCUUCGUUCGCCGUCGCUGCGACAAUGGACUCGUACGAGACAGCGUCCGUCUCACCCGCCUUACAGAUAGCGGGCGUGUGUCUCUUCAUGACCGCCAGCGUGUUGCUCGCGUCCGUUUAUUUCUUACCACGCUGGUUGCUGCGCCUUGUUGAGUGGAACUCACACCCUUCCGUACUCUGGAGCGUACGCACGUCGUUGCGUGUGUGCUCACUCACGAUAGACGACGCGCCAUCGCCCUCCACGCCCGCGAUCCUCGAUAUCCUGCGCGAACACGGCGUCAAGGCAACGUUCUUCAUCAUCUCGGGCCACAUUCCGGGCAACGAGGAAGUACUUCGCCGUAUCGUACGCGAGGGCCACACAUUGGCCAACCAUCUCACAGAGGACCGUGCCAGCAUCUUAGACGAGCUGCACGUGUUUGAGCAGAAGCUGCAGGAGUGUGACCGCGCCAUCAGCGAGUACCAACCGCCGACGACUGAGGAGCCACCGGCGGAGCCGCUUGAGACGCAACAGCUUCUACUCGAGGAGAAGGAGGACGAUACUAUUCCUCCAGCUAUGAGCGUGAAUGAACCAGUUAAAGUGGAAACUAGUGGACCUAGAGGCAAAUGGAUGCGCCCAGCGUCAGGCUGGUACACGACGCCCAUGAGAGAGAUCACAGCACGUCAUGGUUACCGCAUCUGUCUGGGCAGUGUAUACCCACACGACGCGCAGAUCCGAUCCGAGAUGAUGAACUCAAUGUACUUGCGCGCACGCACAAGCUGUGGAUCCGUCAUUAUUGUGCACGACCGCUCGUGGACGAUCGGUGUCUUGAAGACAGCAUUGCCCGUACUCACACGCAAGUUCACGUUCGUGAGUCUCGAUGAGCUGGUGGCGUACAACAAACCUAACCCAGAAACAAGUGACGAUAUCAAACCACAGUAGCAUACGACGCUGUAUAUUACGGUCGGCUUAGAUAAACGCGUCCGGCAAAGCCUCUCGCAGUGUUUCGUGUUCCAGCGACGAUUCGCUCGAUUCAAGAGCUACACCGGCAUUUGUAAACGCAAAUUGCAUGUGUUGGGCAAGUAUGAAGUUCCGGAAGAGCUGCAUGGAACAGCAAGCAUACGAAAUAUUAGGAAUAGUAAAUAAUAGUACAUGAAAGGGCAGAGUUACCUCGGUGUGGAAGCACUGGCGGAAGAAAUCGCGGCAUCCGAGCUCGAUGUGGGCGUCCAGAAAUGAAUCAACUUCAAACAGGAGGAAUUCAUCGAUAUCGGCUGAAGGUGAUUGAGUUUCCACUGUGAAAUUCUGGUGGAGCGAGCAGAAGUAGUACACGACGUCGCCGAAUAGAGCCUCUAGGAACCACAACAGCGCGAGUCGCGCUCUAUCGUCCAGAGAGAGUUCGAUCGAUUCGAAUUGGGUUGGUGCACUUGGGUCGUCAGACUGACUGGACUUCUUGGACUGAUCAAGCAUUUCUUCAAUAAAGCUGGGAGUUUUACUUGAGCCGAAGAGAUGCGAAUCUGCGUGAGUGAUUCGAAAGCUGUGAAGCGCUGUGCUUAGCAUGUUUUCUAGCGAUCGAAGAAUCGAUUCUGUUCACAUACACCACGAAAUAUUAGCAAAACACGUCAUGAUUUACAGCAAGGCAAAACUUACGUGGGAGUUCAGGAAUUUCCACUUUUUCGGGAACGUAAAUAUCAUCCGAGUCGAUGUCAAUGACGAUUGCUGCUGUCUGCAGAAGCUCUGGCGGAUAUUCAUUUGGUUCUGCAGUAGAUGGAGCUUGGAGAUGGAGAGAGACCUUGUGGGUGGUAUACAAGCUGUUCCCUGUAUAAUAAAAACAAUUAACAGCGAAAUCGUUUUCAAGUUGUAACAGCAUUUUACUUACGGAUCCGGAACCGCUGAUCCGUGGCAGAA